AUGAUGAUUGGAUCCAAAAUGAUCAAUUGGUCCUUAAUUAGCUGGAUUAACGGCUCCCUCACGCCUUCAGUUCUUGCUAUUGUGGCUCGCUCUCCCUCAUCUCCUGCUACCUGGUCUUCUUUGGAAAAAUGUUAUGCUUCUCAAUCUCAUAAUCAAAUUCUCCAAUUACAAAGUGAACUCCUUCAUACUACUCGAGGUGACUUGUAUAUUUCUAAUUAUCUUGAUAAGGUGAAUAUUGUUGCUGAUAAUCUUGCUCUUGCUGGCCACCCUGUUUCUGAUGAUGAUCUUGUUGCAAUUAUCAUGAAUAACGUGGGACCUUUAUAUGAGAAUACUGUCAGUUCUGCUCAGGCCAGAGACACACCUAUAACAUAUGAUACUCUUGAAGCCUUGUUACUCAGUGCUAAACGUAGGCUUAAUGCUCAAAAUUCUCUGGUUGAUUCUGGUGCAACGGCUCUGGUUGCCUCUCGUCCUCGUGGUGGUGGACGUGGUGGUCGUGUUUUUCAAUCUGGAGGUCGUCAUUCCUUUUCUGGAGGUCGUGCUUCUUCACACAUGCAUCCUUCUAUGCCUACGAUUGGUGGGCGUGGUUUUUCUUCUAGCAGUCGCACUGGCUCUGUUCUUGGUCCUGGUCCUUCUCAAGGCAGCUUUUCUACUCAACAUGGUGGUCAGUUUAGUCAGUUUCAUGGUGCUUCUACUUCUCAGACUCCUCGCCUCACUUGUCAAAUAUGUGGACGUGGUGGUCAUUCUGCCUUGGAUUGCUUCAGCCGUUUGAAUCUUGCUUAUGAAGGGCGUACGUGUUCCCACUCAUCGUCUUAG